AUGAUCGCCUUCGCAGAGAAUUUCAGGACAUAUGCCCCCAAAUCAGGAUACUCUGAUGAAGAUCUGAUCGUCAAAAUCAGGGAACAAUGGUCGACUCAUAUACAAACGGUCAUGUCGGUAACGGAGACUUUAGACCCCUCGAAGAUUCCAACCACCUGGAUGGAUUACCUCGAGUUCUGCCUGGAGAUUGAAAUUAAACAUCUUCAGCAAAUGUCGGGCAACAAGUCUACUGGACAGACCACGACGAACAAGGCGGCCCCCCCUAAGGACCCUAACGCUAUGGACACUAGCGCACGAAUCGCCCACGAACUAUCCCCGGAACAGGACAGAUGGCUGGCAAACAAACUAUGUUUGUUUUGCGCAAAGCACGCCUAUGAACGAGGAAAGCGGUGUCCCUCCCCCAAGCCUGAAUACAAGGGAAAGCAGUUUCAGACACGAUCCGCCCCGAAACAAGGACAAGGAAAAGGGAAGGGCAAGGUGACAAACAUGCGACAGGUGGAAGAAGAAAGUAGCGCGGGCUCAUCAGCUCAAAUUGUGGCACUGGAACAAGCAAUUGCUGCACUUCGCGGUAUGAGCACAACGACGACUACGCCACCAUCCAGCAAGGGUAAAGACAAGGCGAAAAGCAUGGACAUGGGAUCAAUGGCAUCAGCAUCAACGGUAAAGGACACCAAUGUGAGAAUCAUCGAAAUGGAUGAUUUCUCAGAGAAUUUUCAAUACGAAGUGUAG